CUGCUCAAACCUUCCCCCUGCGGAGGCCCCCCCCCCGUGCUGGGUGCUGGUGUGCCCACCUCCGGGCCUCCCGGCGCGCGCUCGUCGGAAGCGGGGGCCGCCGCGCCGAGGCCGGCGGCGGCGCGGGCGGGCGAGCCGGCGGCUGCGCCGGAGGGCAGACGGUGCUGCUGGAGUCCCUCGACGCCGACGCCCCGCCGCUGGCCUCCGUCGCGCCGGCGCGCGGCCGGCUCUUCCUGUUCCCGCACGACUGCCCGCACAAGGCCGAGCCGGUGCUGAGGCCGCCGAAGCUGCUCCUGCGCGGCGAGAUGCGGUGA